UAUAGAUGCUGGUGUGUCCAGCUCUCCACAGAGAGGACGUCCAACUGCUGAACAAGUCCUAAGAGGAGACACUUAGUGAAGUUGUCCAGCUCCUGGUCCUGGUCCUCGUCCUUGUUCCGGUCCUGGUCCUGGUCCUCGUCCUUGUCCUCGUCAUUGUGUCCUGAACGGUGAAGUUCAGAGGUCAUGGCGGGCACUGAUGUCCUCCUGCUGUUGCUCGGGGCAACGACUUUGCUCAUAGGGACAUCAGCUCAGAGAAGCAGAGUUCGUGGUCAGAACAUGAAAGUUCGCAUUAAUGCGACGGGCGACACCAUCGUGAUGAAGUUCGUGCGUCCCAGUGCUGACGUAAAGUUAGAAGGUUACAUCCUCGGAUACGGCAGCAGCGUCUUCUCCAAACAGUUCUUUCAUCUGCCGGAGAACGGACGAGUCUACGAGACUGAGCUAGAUGCUGAACCUAAGUACCUGGUGGCAGUGCAGCCAAUCCCAGCCAAUAAUGUGAAAAAGCACUGCACAGGUAAGGUGGACCUGGAGAAGCCUCUUCACGUGGUCCUGGGCUCCGUCAGUCCCACAGCGGUUCUUCUGUCCUGGGGAAACCACCUGAAGACGCCAUAUGAAGGAAACAUCAUGAACGAGUGUCUGGCAGAUGGGUUUUACACCAUCCGGUACCGGGAAAGGAACAGGAAGUGGAAUUACCAGAUGUGUCCAACCAGCGACACGGUCGUGGACAACCUGAAACCCAACACCGCGUACGAGUUUGGCGUGCGUUCCAACAGCGAUGAGCGCAGCGGGACGUGGAGCAGACCCGUCCUCCACAACACCAACAUGAGGAAGAAAAACCCUCACAAGACAUUUAAGCUGCGAAAGACUCUGUCCAAGUCCCUGAUGCCUGCUGGAGCUCUCGUCCCUCCUCGUCCAGAUGGACAUGUCCACUCUGAUGGAAACCUGGUUCCCAUGACGACCGUCCCUCUGUCCUCUUCUGCUUCAGACAAUGGAAACAACACCAAGCGCCCGCUGGAUCCUGGUCCCUCUGUCCUGCCCCUACUCCAAUCGUCUUCCCCGUCCUCCACAUCCUUUCCGUCCUCCAUGUCCUCCCCGUCCUCCUCGUCCUCCACAUCCUCCUCGCCCCCCCUCACUGACAGUGAUGCAGCAGAGAAGCGUCACAGCCCUGAAGCGUUUGAACCUCAGGACAAACUCCUGCAGCUGAGAAAAGCUCUGAGCAGUCAGAAGACUGAAGGUCAAAGCAAAAACCUGAACCCAGCUCCCAAAUCCUCCAGGCCUGCGUCAGGAAACCCCGUCUAUCCCGUCUCUAACGGCUUCAGACACUCUGGGUCCUCUAGACACGGUAGCUUGUCCCCGAACUCUGGGACACUCAGGGUACAUGGACAGCUCCAUCGGGGUGUCUCCCCUCCUAAACCACUGUUAUGGCAGAGACACCGGCUGGGGUCUCCAGUUCGUCCUUUGAUUCCUAACAAGAGACCAAACCUGGUUGGGAAGCCUGGAGACUCAGACAAAGUCAACAACUUCAAACAGACGGACAACUUAGUGAUCCUGAAACCUAAAGUCCUGCCGUCCACUGGCAAACCCACCAAACCGGAGCGGAGGGCGAGCACGACGACAACACCGAUGACGACGGCAGCAUCUCGACACGAAACGUGGGAAGACUCCGACCUCUUCAAGUCACAGCCGACCUCUGACCUCGACGCCCAGGGGAAGAAGCGUUACGUUGCUCCACACGUCAUUUAUCAAACCGGGAAGAGAGCGGACGAGCCGUGCUCAAUCACGUCCUCGCUCAACUUCUUUCCACAGAACGAACGCAGUGACGCAAACUUCACUACUCCGCCCAAGACUCCGCCUUCUAACCUGACUGUGGUGACAGUAGAGGGAUGUCCGUCCUUCAUCAUCCUGGACUGGGAGAAGACAGACAACGACACCACUGAGUACGAAGUCAUCUCCACGGCUAAAGGACCUGACGGGGAACAGGUUUCUGUCCUGACCACCGAUCAGACGCACACGGCCGUGGAGAACCUGAAGCCUGAGAGCAGUUAUGAGUUCAAGGUGAAGCCAAAGAACGAGCUGGGAGCAGGUCCACACAGUGAGCCGGUCUCCUUCAACACCGAGUCAGCUGAUCCUCGAGUGAGCGAGAACAUCUCAGGUAAGUUCACACAAACACGUUGUCAUGGUUCCACAUCAGCCAGGUGUCGCCAUGGAAACGCUCCCGUCUCUGCAGGCAAAGACGCCAUCUGGACGCAGUUCCCCUUUAAGACGGACUCGUACUCGGACUGUCAUGGUCAACAGUUCGUGAAGAGGACAUGGUAUCGCAAGUUUGUGGGCGUUCAACUGUGCAACUCACUGCGCUACAAGAUCUACCUGAGUGACUCACUCACUGGUAAGUUCUAUAACAUCGGGGAUCAGACCGGUUUUGGAGAAGAUCACUGUCAGUUUGUGGAUUCUUUCCUGGAGGGAAAAACAGGAAGACAGCUCAGAGCCGACCAGCUCCCGUCCAGACCCGGUUUCUACAGAGCUGUCCGUCAAGAGCCUGUCCACUUUGGACUGAUGGGAGGGCACUCCCACGUCAGCUACGUGUCCUGGUACGAGUGUGGAACACCCAUUCCUGGAAAAUGGUGAAUGGAAUCGUCACAGGAGCAUGACAGAGGGUUAAAGGUCAUAACAGACUCCGCCUUCUUUACCCAGUGCUGUAAAAACAUGUAGAGUAUAGUUGUAUUUGAAGAACAUGAACGUGUCUCAGAUUUAUCACAACAAGUUUAUAGAAGAGAAGGAAUAUUUGUUUGUCACGUUUUAUUUUGAAGGGAAGCUGGCUCCCGAAAACACGUGUUAUUUAUCACUUCACUCGUUACUGUCGUCAGACGCUCUCGUCGUCGCCCUCUUGUGUUUCAAUGUUUAAAUUAAGGUAAAGAAUAUACACAACGCUGUCUUUUAUAUGUAUAUGAGAAUAUUUUGUAGAUGCAUUUCACUCAUUGUGGCCUCUUUGAUCUACUUUGAUCCUUUGAUAUAUCACUUUCAACUUUUAUUUUACUUUGAGCUAAUCUACUUUUAUCUACUUUGGUCGUUUGAUCUAUUUUGAUCCUUUGAUCUACUUUGAUCUACUAAUCAUUGUGAUCCUUUGAUCUACUACAGUUGGACUCUCAGAAUUGACAUUUGUUGCCUUGGUCAAUAUUUGAGCUAAGGCUAAAUGUGGCUACUUGUUUUGUUGCUGUAGAGUUUGUUGAGAUUUGAAAAGUGUUCACAUCCAUUAUGUCCAUCACGUCCAUCAUGUCCAUGUCCGCACAGGUAGCAAUCAGUGAGCUCAUUGUUAUGAUCCAUUAUGUAAAUGUUAAACUUUAAUUGCUGUAACACAAUUUACAUGAGCUAACGUGCUAAUCCUGGCUAAUCCUAAAACACGGAGGACAGGUGUGGUAGCCCCGCCUCCUGUUCACAAGACAGUGAACUGUGCCUUUAACUUUGAGCUGUUAACACAUCAAUAAAAACACAAAA